GAAUUGUAAAUGUUAACUCAAAGGAGUUUGUACUUUUUUUUUUUUAAUUUUUAUUGUGCUUUAAGUGAAAGUUUACAAAUCAAGUCAGUCUCUCAUAUAAAAAUUUAUAUACACCUUGCUAUAUACUCCUAAUUGCUCUCCCCUUCCCUCGACUCUAUUUUUGUGUCCAUUUGGCCAGCUUCUAACCCCCUCUGCUCUCUCAUCUCCCCUCCGUACAGAAGAUGCCAACAUAGUCUCAUGUGUCUACUUGAUCCAAGAUCCUCAUUCUUCACCAGUAUCAUUUUCUAUCCCAUUGUCCAGUCCAGUCCCUGUCUGAAGAGUUCGCUUUGGCAACAGUUCCUGUCUUGGGCUAACAGAACGUCUGGGGACCAUGACCUCAGGGGUCCUUCUAGUCUCAGUCAGACCAUUAAGUCUGGUCUUAUGAGAAUUUGGGAUCUGCAUCCCACUGCUCUCCUGCUCUCUCAAGGGUUCUCUCUUGUGUUCCCUGUCGGGGCAGUGAUCGGUUGUAGCCAGGCACCAUCUAGUUCUUUUGGUCUCGGGCUGAUGUAGUCUCUGGUUUAUGUACUUAUUUUUAAUGGUUUUUGGUCCAUAUUGUCAAAAUGUCCACUGGAAAGGUUUUACCAGUUUAAACUCUACAGUUUAUAUAAGCUGUACUGAAGCCAUUGGCAAAAAAACAAAGCUCCAGGAGUUGACAGAAUACCAACUGAGAUAUUCCAACAAACAGAUAUGACACUGGAAGCGUUCACUUGUCUAUGCCAAGAUUUUUGGAAGACAGCUACCUGGCCAGCUGACUGGAAGAGAUCAUAUUUGUGCUCAUUCCAAACAAAGGUGAUCCAACAGAAUGUGGAAAUUAUCAAGCAAUCUCAUUAAUAUCCCAUGCAAGUAAAAUUUUGCUGAAGAUCAUUCAAAAGAGAUUGCAGCAGUAUAUUGACAGGAAACUGCCAGAAAUUCAAGCCGGAUUCAGAAGAGGACAUGGAACCAGGGAUAUCAUUGCUGAUGUCAGAUGGAUCCUGGCUGAAAGCAGAAAAUACCAGAAAGAUGUUUACCUGUGUUUUAUUGACAAUGCAAAGGCAUUCAACUGUGUGGCUCAUAACAAAUUAUGUAUAACAUUGAGAAAAGUGGGAAUUCCAGAAGAUUUAAUUGUGCUCAUGAGGAACCUAUACAUAGACCAAGAAACAGUCAUUUGAACAGAACAAGGGGAUAUUGCAAGGUUUAAAAUCAAGAAAGGUGUGCAUCAGGAUUGUGUCUUUUCACCAUACUUAUUCAGUCUGUAUGCUGAGCAAAUAAUCCGAGAAGCUGGGCUAUAUGAAGAAGAACUCGUCAUCAGGACAGAAGGAAGACGCAUGAACAAUCCGUAGUAUGCAGAUGACACAACCUGGCUUGCUGAAAGUGAAGAGGACUUGAAGCACUUACUGAUGAAGAUCAAAGAGCACAGCCUUCAGUAUGAAUUACACCUCAACAUAAAGAAAACAGAAAUCCUCACAAUUGCACCAAUAAGCAACAUCAUGAUAAAUGGAGAAAAGAUUGAAGUUGUCCAGGAUUUCAUUUUACUUGGAUCCACAAUCAACACCCAUAGAAGCAGCAGUCAAGAAAUCAAAAGAUGUGUUGCAUUGGGCAAAAGACCUCUUUAUAGUGUUGAAAAACAAAGAUGUCACCUUGAAGACUAAGGUGCACCUGACCCAAGCCAUGGUAUUUUCAGUUGCUUCAUGUGCAUCCAAAAGCUGGACAAUGAAUAAGGAAGAUCAAAGAAGAAUUGAUGCAUUUGAACUAUGGUGUUGGUGAAGAAUAUUGAAUAUACUGUGAACUGCCAGAAGAAUGAACAAAUCUGUCUUGGGAAAAAGUACAGCCAGAAUGCUCCUUAGAAGCUAGGAUGACGAGACUUCGUCUUACACAUAAUUUGGACCUAUUAGUAGGAGGGACCAGUCACCGGAGAAGGACAUCAUGCUUCGUAAAGUAGAGGGUCCACAAAAAAGAGAAAGACCCUCACAGUGAUGGAUUGACACAAUGGCUGCAAUAAUAGGUUCAAACAUAGCAAUGAUUGUGAGGAUAGCACAGGAUCGGCAGUGCUUCAUUCUGUUAUACAUAGGGUCAAUAUGAGUCCGAACUGAUUCGACAGCACCUAACAACAACAACAUACUCUACUAACAAUCUGAGAGUGAUCAUUUCCCCACCAGUAGUAACAGAGAGUAUUAGCAGUCUUUUGUCAAUCUUAUGUUGAAAUCUCAUUGUUUUAAUUUGAAUUCCAUUCAUUACUAAUGAAGUUGAAUGUCCUUUAACAAAUUGUUUGAUCAUUUGUAUUUCUUCCUUUUUCAAGUUGCCUUUUUCAUACAUUGCCCACUUUAUUAUUGGGAUACUUAUUUUUUCUUCCUAUUAAUUUUGAGAGCCCUUAAAAAUUAGGACUACUAAUCUUUCUCUGUCAUAAAUGUUCAAAAUUUUGCUGUUAUAAAUGUUUUAAAUGCCCUCCAUUUAUUUGUUUAACUUUGCUAUGUAGACAUUUGGCAGUUUUAUGUAGUCAUGUCUAUCAGUUCUUUAAAAAUGAUUUUGACUGCCUUCUCUAAAAGUAGCUAGCUGAAUCGUAUAGAAAUCUGUUUACAAAUUCAUAUAAAUAUCCCAAACUUGAUAACCAAGCUAAUUACAAAAGCUAUCUAACCAUGGAAACUCCAGGCAGCCCCACUCUCCUUGUCCAUAUGAGUGGCAGCUCCACCCUUUGAGACCCUGGAGGUUGUGGCCAUACCCUUUGAGACUGAGGCAACUCUGUUUGCUGUGUUCCUUGUCUCUUCAGCUACUGCUUCCUGGUUCCUUCGCCUCUCGACCCCUUGGGCCUCACCAUCUGUGUCUGCCAAGCUGGGGCAAGUGUUCCAAAGCCCUUUAGCUCCAGCAAUAAGUGUCUGGAGGCACCCCAGUCUGCCAGUAAACUUCGGCCAGAAGGCCCUCAGCUCUCUUGCUCCAUGGGUUGGCAACCCUAGCGCCACCAUUAAGUGCCCUGAGGCACCGCCACUCCGCCAGGAAGCCUCCUGCCAAAGGCACUUAGCUCUUUUGCACUAUCUUGAGCUGGUCUCCUGGUUCUGCCGCUGCUGGUUCUCUGCCGCUGCCGGUCUUCUGCUGCUGCAUCUUGCUGUCUGCGAGUGCAACAGCUCUCUUCACUUCCCUCUGAGAGCUGACCAGAAUUGUCUUUGAUGUCCAUAAUUCCACCAACAGCCUCUUCAAGGCAAUGUAGGCUUUUACUGUUAGGCACUUUAAAACCCUUCCAGCUUCUGUCCAUUCAGAGUUUCAAAACCACUUCCACAUUUUAGGUAUCUGUUAGAACGGCACCCUACUCCUGGUACCAAAUUCUGUCUUGGUUAUCUAGUACUGCUGUAACAGGAAUACCACAGGUGGUGGCUUUAACAAAGAGAAAUUUAUUCUUUCACAGUCUAGGAGGCUAGAAGUCUGAAUUCAGGGUGCCAGCUCCAGGGGAAGGCUUUUUCUCUUUGUGAGCUCUAGGGGAAGGUCCUUGUCAUCAGUCUUCCCUGGUCCAGGAGCUUCUCAGUGCAGGGAUCCCGAGUCCAAAGGACACACUAUUCUCCUGGCUCUUGUUUUUUGAUGUUAUGAGGUCUGUGUGUCUCUCUGCCUGCUUCUCUCUUUUAUAUAUCAAAAGAGAUUGACUUAGACACAACCUAAUCUUCUGUAUUGGGUCUUGCCUUGUUAAUAUAACUGCCUCUAAUCCUGCCUCAUUAACAUCAUAGAGGUAGUAUUUACCACACAUAGGAAAAUCACAUCAGAUGACAAAAUGGUGGACAAUCAUACAAUACUGGGAAUCAUGGACUAGCCACAUUGACACACAUUUUGGGGGGGGACACAAUUCAAUCCAUAACACCAUCAAUGUUGUCUUCUUAUGCAAUAAAAUAGUCUGGCUUUUGCAUCAAUUAAGUUUGAUCAAAGAAGCAGAACUACUUUGUGUGAUAAAGAAUAAGGAAUUUAUAGUGGUUAGAACUUACAUAAUUAGAGGAGCUGGUAGACCAAUCUGUAUAGGCUGUUUGUUGCCUCAGAGUCUAUUGUUGAGUCUGAAGUUGGUGCAGAUCAGCUAGAGGAGGAACUGGUAAGGGAAGCUGGAUGUGAAUAGAGCAAAGACAAACUGAAAUCCUUGGGAAGCAAAUGGAACCUGCAUGAGCCUCUCACCAGAUCUAGCUUUGAUGCUUUGAGCUGCAGGAGAGGUUGGCACUUAACCUCAAAGCUGCAUCUGAAGACUAGGAUUUGGAGAAGCUGAAGAAAGCCCCAGAAGAAAGAGCUAGGUGGGAGCUGAAGGAACUGCAGGACCAGCUGUUUUCCCAUGCCAGCAAGGUGAGCUAGCAGAUCAGCAACAACACAAGCAAGUUGCCACAGUGUCUGGUGCCUUGCCCUAACCUUCACAGCGUAAAAAAUAUGGCCACUUUUUCACUUCUGCCUUCCAUAUCUCAUGCAAAAUGUCGCCUGCAGAUAACACUACCCAGAACUGUACAGCGAAGGGAAUUCUGGGAAAUGUAAUUCCAGCUUAGCUGAGUUGACAUACUGCAAAGCCAUUAUGUUGUUUAAUAAAGUUUUGUAGUUCUUAAUAUACAUUUCCUGAUUAGUUUAUUCCUUGGUAUUUUGAAUUUUUGUUGCUGUUGUGAAUGUUAAUUUUUCUUUUAAUGAUUAGUCCUGGUAUAUUAACAAGAUUGUUUUACUAUUUGCCUUCAAAGUAGUCCCCUUUUAGAACUUAAAUUCUGACAAUUUUCAGUUGAUCCUGUUGUAUAGGCAGUCAUUUCACCCGCAAACUAAUGUAAUUAUCUUCCUGACAAGGCGAUGAUUUAUUUUUUUGGCCUUAGCACAUUGAUCAAAACUGUCAGAAAAAUGUUAGAAUAGUUGUAGUGUUUCUGACUUUUAAGGUAGUGUCUUCAGGUUUUGACCACUUUGGGGCAGGGUGAACUAGUGAUUCUCGUUGUUUAAUAAACAUAAGAAUUACCUGCUGUCUUAGUCAUCUAGGGCCACUGUAACAGAAAUGCCACAAGUGAAUGGCUUUAACAAAGAGAAGUUUAUUUUCUCACAGUAAAGUUGGCUAAAAGUCCAAAUUCAGGGUGUCAGCUCUAGGGGAAGGCUUUCUCUCUCUGCAGGCUCUGCAGGAAGGUCCUUGUCCUCAAUCUUCCCCUGGUAGAGGAGCUUCUCAGGUGCAGGGACCCUGUGUCCAAAGGACCCCCUUUGCUCCUGGUGCUUCUUUCUCAGUGGUAUGAGGUCCCCAACUCUGCUUGCUUGCCUUUCCUUUUAUCUCUCAAGAGAUAAAAGGUGGUACAGGCCACACACCAGGGAAGCUCCCUUUACACUGGAUCAGGGAGGUGACCUGAGUAAGGGUGGUGUUACAAUCCCACCCUAAUCCUCUUAACAUAAAAUUACAAUCACAAAAUGGAGGACAACCACACGAUACCGGGAAGCAUGGCCUAACCAAGUUGACACAUAUAUUUGGGGGGAUACAACGCAAUCCAUGACACCUGGUAUGUGUACUUGCUGAAAAUGGAGAUUCCAGAAAUUGUCAAAGAGGAUCACAGCUCACUCUGUUAAAGUGAAAAUAAAGAGUUUUAUUGAAGGGAUAGCAACUCGAGUGGGGAACCCAAGUUGGGGAACACGAAGCAAACGUACAACAUGUCCCAAAGUAAGAAGGGCUUUUUAUAAAGGAGAAGUUUAGAGAAAUAGUAAUCAUUAGUCAUACAUCAGUAAUUACAAGUCAUACAUUAGUAAUUAUAGGUCAUAUAUUAGUUAAUCUGUAAACGUCCUGUCCUGGAGCUAGACUACGGAAGCAUUUUGCGAAAAUGGUCUUAUCUUUCGAAGAUAGGAGCGGCUUGUACAAAAACAUUCUUUUUGAGAGUAGCAGUUGUUCUGACUCUCCUCUCCUCUUCUUCUCUGAGUCAGUGCAGAUUACUGUAAGCUCGACUUGAAUGUCUCUUACUUUUCAGGGCUGAACAAAAUUUUGCACCCUAUGCCAAGCACCUAGGUUUUGGGGGCUCUUUCACAAAGUAAAUGUUACAUUUUAUUAAGUGCCUUUUUUACAUUUAAUAUACAAUACCUGAUGCCUAACAGAUACAAUGAAUGGUAAUUUUUCAUUCAUCCAUUCAGUAAAUAUUUAUUGAGCACCUUCUGUGUGCUGAGAAUAUAUUGACAAACAAAGCAAACGAAGUCCCUGUUUUUGUUUUCUUUCCUGAAAUGUUUUUGGAGCAUUAACACUUGAAAGAUAGGCAAGUCUUUUGACCUUAAAAAAUGUUACCUGCACCAAUAUUAAGCUGAGUUUCUUUGAGCUAAUUAGGCCACUGUAUUUUUCUUUCUUAACUUGUUAAAAUGUGAUGAAUUAUAUUGCAUUGUGAUCAGAGAAUUUGGACUGAACAUCUCUACUUUUUAGGCUUUACUGACUUUUUUUCUUUUUGAUGGUUUAGUAAACGUGGUUAAUUUUUAUGAAUAUUCCACAGACAUUUGAAAAGAAUUAUGUUCUAUGUAGUGUAAAACGUCCUAUACUUGUGUAUGAAAUCAUAUUUGUAAUUAUUGCAAUUAUCUAUACCUUUUCUGCAGGGCAUCAAACCGGUUCCCUGCUGAGAAUUUGCAUUUCUGCCUCAGAUAUACUGAAUCAGAAUCUACAUUUUAACAAGAUUCCCAGGUUGGAGCUAAUUCAAAUAAAGAUGCUGUGAAAAUCCAUGUACAAGUCUUUGUAUGAACAUAUAUUCCCACUUCUGUUGGGGUGACUGGAAAUGUAAACAAAAUAGGCUGUUUCCUGAUGGCUUUUAGUAUAUACUGACUUUGGUUGUGAUGGCGUCAGAGACUGAAAAAACCCAUGCUUUACUCCAGUCUUGUAGCACUGAAUCUCUUAUCUCCAGCCUUGGUCUUGGGAUAUUUUGCCUAGUAGCUGACAGACUUCUUCAGUUUUCCAUAAUUCAGCAAAAUGACUGGCUUCGUGCCCUCUCCGAUAAUGCAAUACAUUGUACGAUUGGCAUGUGGUCAUGGGCAAUCGUCAUUGGAGUCAAGAAGAAGACUGACUUUGGAGAAAUCAUUUUAGCUGGAUUUUUAGCCUCUGUUAUUGAUAUAGACCACUUUUUUCUAGCUGGAUCCCUGUCAUUAAAGGCUGCUUUAACUCUUCCACGAAGACCUUUCCUUCACUGUUCUGCUGUGAUACCCAUUGUAGCCCUGACCCUGAAGUUUGCAAUGCACCUUUUCAAGCUCAAAGACUCAUGGUGCUUUCUGCCCUGGAUGUUAUUUAUAUCCUGGACCUCACACCACAUCCGAGAUGGAAUCCGUCAUGGCUUGUGGAUAUGCCCAUUUGGAAAAACUUCUCCUUUACCAUUCUGGCUUUAUGUAAUAAUCACGUCAUCUUUACCACACAUCUGUUCAUUUGUUAUGUAUUUAACGGGGACCAGACAAAUGAUGUCUUCAAAACAUGGAAUUCGUAUUGACGUCUGACAUAUCAUAUGACAGUUCUAGAAAACCAAAUAGUUCAGACAAUGAUAAUGGGUUGCCAACAUUAAAGUGAAUUUUUAAAAGUUAGUCACUUACAUUGUUUAUUUUUUUAUAAGUUAUAAGUUACUUAUAUUUUUAUAAGUUAGGCACUUAUAUUGUUUAAUUAUUAUAAUUUCUGAAUCUUCUUGCUAGGAGGCACCUACAACUUUAAUAAAAAAAAUCUGUCUGUGGUAAUUUUGAUUCUCUCUUCUGUAACACCAUAGUAUAAUGUUAGUUUUAUUUAUUUCGUGUUAUAUUUUUAUAACUUCUUCAGUUUGUCUUGCUUUACUAUUUACUAAUAUCUCUGUUAGAUUAACAUCCAGGUAAGUUUUCUGGACGUCUUCCUUUAAGUUAGUCCAUUUCCUGAUGAAAAACAGCUCAAAUUUUAGGGGGACUAAUUUGUGGAAAGCUAGCACUAUAUUUGGGUCCACGUUUUCCUAAGAUACUGAAAUGAUGAAAUGACCAAAAUAAAUGAGAUCAUGAAUAAGAUGUAUAGUGAAUACUGACAUUUAUUUUUUUCAUAUAUAUUGAUCCUGACUGAAAUUUAUUUUGCAGAGUACUUAGUGACUUAUGAUUACUGGCAAAAUCUGCUUCAGAGCACUUGUGAGAAACAUUAUAUUUAUAAAAGACAGUAACAGUACAUCUACGUUAUUGUUUCAGAAAUCAAUUUAAGAAAUAAUUAGUUGUGAUAUGUUGGCUAUUGUAACAUCUUACCGAAGUACUCCUUUUUAGUAUCUUUGUCCAAGAAUCUCAUGUGUUGGAGUUUUAUGCAUUUUGAAAAAUAUAACUAAAGUUAACAAAAUACUUGUUAACAACUAAAGUUAAGAAAACUUUAAAACCUAUGAUUCUAUGGAUCAUAACCACAGAAUCUGAAUUCACACAAAAAAGGACUUGUCAGUAAUGUAAUUUCAAAUACAAACUUCUGAAUGUGCCAUUAAAACUGUUUUAGUUGCCAAUAACUUGUUUAAACAUUAUUCUAAAAUAUUGUGCCCAUUAAACCAUUUUUUUAGUUGGCCUGCUAUGGAGAAACAAAGUGUAUUUUUUUCAAAAUAAAGUAGUUUUAGAAAAUUUGCUUUUUCCUGUGUUCUUUCAGGUUAAUUUUCUUAAAAUAGUUAACCUUUUUAGAGAAGAAAGAUUUAGUUGCUGUAAAUUUUACAUUUGCACAGUUUCAUGUUACCUCAAUAUUAAAAUCAAUGCUCCAGAGAUACCUGCUGUUCUUUGUGGCAUGUGUACCAUCUGCUGUCUCCAGACUUUCUUACAGAUUUGUGCUUUAUUAUGCUAGUGAUUGUGUGCCUUACUCUCUGAGAAAUGAUGGAUGAUUCAUGCAGCAAUGUCUGACCAAAGCAAAUUUUUCUUAUAUGAUAUUAAAGAGUGCAAUAAAUUGUUUUGACGAUUCAAGCUCUUUCAGGUAGAGAGGUAACUUUUUUCUUUGUUAUUAGCAAAUUGAUUGCAAUCUAUAUUUUACAAUAUAUUGGAUCUUACAAUCUAUUAUUAUCUUCCAAAAGCAAUUACUGUUUCACUUUCGUUGGUGUCAUAGUAAAUAUUAUAUAGUAAAGGUAAAUUUGAUUAAGGUAGAGAGUUUUUAAAAGCACCUGAUUUCAGAAAUAACUUUAUAAAACUGUGGGGUUAACUUUACCCAAAGAAUUUUGUUUUUAUCUAGGUCGAGGGUGGUGGGGCUGGCAAGGCCAGAAAGACCCCACCAUGUGAUAGCAGCUAACCUCAGGGGAGGGAGGCUGAUUCGAUCGAUCAAGCCUACUUAAUGAGGCCCCAGUAAAGGCUCUGGUCACCAAAGCUCCAGAGGCUUCCUGGUUGGUGAAAGACAUCAAUUCAAUGGGAGAGCAGUGUGCCCCUUUUGGGACAUGAAAACUCCAAGUUGGCAAGUACAAGCCAUUUUAAGCAGGGAUUCCAAUUCUAGAAAUUUAUUCUAAGGAAAUAAACAGGUAAGUACACAAAGGAAAAGGAUUUCCCGUGGUUGCUUAUAAUGGCAAGAAAAAAAAAAUGGAAACCAUUUGAAGUUUUUCAGUAGAAAAUCAGUAACAUAAAUUAGCCGGAGACCCUCAGUGAGAUGGACUGACACAGUGGCUACAACCAUGGGUUCAAAUGAUUGUGAGGAUGGUGCAGGACCAGGCAACAUUUUGUUCUGUUAUACAUAAGGUCACUCUGAGUUGGAGCUGACUUGAUGGCACCUGACAACAACAAAUCAUUGCCCAGACGAUCAGGUACUAAUGGCUACACUCACCCACUGCUGUCGAGUCAAUGCCGACUCAUAGUGACCCUACAGAGCAGGGGAGAACUGCCCUGUAAGGUUUCCAAGGCUGUAAAUCUUGACGGAAGCAGACUGCCACCUCUUUCUCCCUUGGAACGGCUGGUGGGUUCAAACCACUGACCUUGUGGUUAGCAGCUGAGCGCUUUAACCGCUGUGCCACAAAGGCUUACUCUACUGAUGGCUAGAGUUGUUUAAAUCAAUGAGGUAACCUUAUAUGCAAAGAUGUCUGUGAAAUAUUUUUAAAAUAAAAACCAGUAAUAGAACAGUAUGAUUUGAUUUUUAUAAAAUAUAUACAUAUAUCUCUGUGUAGAAAACAAUUUUGAAACAUAGUUACCAAGCAAUUAGCAAUGGUUAUCUCUGGAGAGUGGGAAUUUUUUAUUUUACUCUAUAUUUACAUAUUAUA